CAAAUCAUUUAAGGGAUCCCCGAGACAUUGUAUACGCUUGUACCGGGAUAACCUAGACCGCAUGAGUGAGAGUCAGGUAGUACUAGAAAUUUUUACUUCAACUGCACUAUUUAAUUUUCAAUACACAUUGUUUUAUAGUUCUUAAAUUGUAAAUUAAACUUUUUACAGUUUGAUUUCAUUCCCUACGCAUUCGAGACACUUCCACCUCUCAUCCUUAAUGAAGCUCCGCUUUGGUCGGCUAGGGUUAAGCUCAUAUUUUGCAAUAUGGCCGAAAUGCAUUACCCCGAUCGAUUUCUUCGGCAGUUCCAUAUAAGGCAAGAUAUUCCGGAUGCUCCUUUGAUAGGUACUGAUAAUCACGGAAAUUGUUCCAACAUAGUAACCGGUGCCUUGGCGAUGUGGGCGAACAUACAAGAUCACAUAUAUUUUCUUGAUUAUGGUCAACUUAUGUUCGUCGAAGCAACUAAUAGGUACCGAAAAUGGUACAACAAGCAUGGUAUGACACGUGUCCAGAACCCUUCUCACAAUGUGCCCACGACAGGCUACACCCCGACAGCACACGAUUGGGGUAUUGUGAAACAAGGUGUUCACGAGAUGUAUCAGCUCAUAGCCGAUCGCGCGAGUUAUGAGGACUUACACAAACGACUACAGCAGAUGGCCCUGGACGUAGGUGAUGAACAGAUGCUCCACCGGGGCAUAUUCCAUUAUGAAGAUGAAGAUGAAGGUGGAAGUGACGAAGAGGAUGAUGCAGAUGAACAUGAAGGUGGGGGUGAGGACUCACCAUCGCUCCCUCAAUUCUCAACACAUGGUGUCUCAUUUGAUCAACCACCCCCUAAUUUCUCGACGCAUCAAGGUGUCACAUUUGAUCAACCACCGCCGUAUU